AUGGCGCCAGUCAACGGGGAAAACCCGGCGCAGCAAGACGAUGUCGCCAUGGCCGAGGCAGAUUCCUUGCCGCCGCAGCGAGAAGAGCCGGCGUCCGCAGAAGCAAAGAAGGAAACACAGCAAGUGGCGCUCCAGGACAUGUUUUCAGAUAUCGACUCCGACGACGAAUUUCCCAGCAGCUCGCGCCCAGUCAAGGCCGCAGAGCCGUCGAGCCCCCCACCGAAACCGGCACCUUCUUCUCCGAUACAUUUUUCCUCUAUGCAGGCCUCAGAUCCCGAAGUGAUGCGGAGCUUCUACCAGCGACUUUUUCCCUGGCGGUACUUGUACCAAUGGCUCAACCACAGCCCGAGCCCCACAAACGACUUUGGGCAUCGGGAGUUUGCUUUCACGCUGCAAAAUGAUGCGUACCUGCGAUACCAGUCCUUCCCAACAUCCGACCACCUCCGAAAAGACGUGCUUCGGUUGAACCCUUCUCGUUUCGAGAUUGGGCCUGUCUAUACCACGAACCCGCGCGACCGCAAAACGCUACGCAACUCGGCCGCAUUCAAGCCUCUCACGAAGGAGCUGUGCUUCGAUAUCGAUUUGACGGACUACGACGAGAUCCGAACAUGUUGCGACAAGGCCAAUAUCUGCAACCGUUGCUGGAAGUUCAUGACCAUGGCCAUCAAGACGGUCGAUGUGGCCCUGCGCGAAGACUUUGGCUUCCGCCACAUCAUGUGGGUCUACUCAGGACGUCGAGGUGCGCACGCUUGGGUCUGCGAUAAGAACGUUCGCUCCAUGGAUGACCAGAAGCGCCGCGCCAUUGCGGGCUACCUCGAAGUCAUCCGUGGUGGUGCCCAGAGCGGUAAAAAGGUCAACGUCCGCAGACCUCUUCACCCACAUCUCACACGCAGCCUCGAUAUCCUGAAAACUCACUUCCAGGAGGAUGUGCUCCGGGAUCAAAACCCCUGGGACACGAAUGAGCAGGCCGAGAAACUACUGCAGCUCCUCCCAGAUAGGACUCUGAACGACUCUCUGCGCAAAAAGUGGGCCUCGUCCCCGGGAAGGUCAUCGGCGUCCAAAUGGGCCGAUAUCGACGCCGUCGCAAAGACGGGCGCAUCGCGAGCCCUUGACGCAAAGGCACUGCUAGAGGCCAAGCAAGAUAUCGUGCUAGAGUAUACCUAUCCGCGUCUCGAUAUUGAGGUCAGCAAGAAGCUCAACCAUCUGCUGAAAAGCCCUUUCGUCGUCCAUCCGGGGACUGGUCGCGUCUGCGUGCCUAUCGACACCCGGAAUCUGGAAGAGUUUGACCCACUUGAGGUCCCAACUGUCCAGAGCCUGUUGCAAGAGAUUGACGACUGGAAGACACCCGAGAGUGACGCGGAUGGGAGCCAGGGGAAAACUACUCAGGACUGGGAGAAGACGAGCUUGAAACCAUACAUCGAGCAGUUCCGCGCCUUCGUCUCGGCCCUAAUGAAAGCCGAGCGUGACCCCAAUGUCAAGCGGGAAAGGGACGAGGACGAAUCUAUGGAAUUUUGAAGGUCGGUGAUCAAGAUUUCCCUGGUUGUUUUCGACAGGACUGGUGG